AUGAUAGUAAAUUUAUCAAAGAAACAAAUUACAUAUUAGUUAAUACAUCUAGACAUUAAAACUACAUUUUAUAAUGAAUUAGUCUCUGACAUGAAUAGCUUUAAAGAAAAGUCUAGUAAAAAUGAUGGACCCGGUGAAGAUGAUGACCUGUUUGACGAUUCUUCAAUUAUGGCUCAUUUUGAAAAUAAUUCGUUUAAAGACAGAUCUAACUUCUCUAAGAGUGUGAUUAACGACUCCUUGAAUAACAGUAACAAUCCUUUAAAUAUCAGUGCUCUGUGCUGCGAUGAAGAGAUCAGUGGUUAUGACCGGCUGACAGGCAAGACAUGGAUAUACCCCACCAACUACCCCGUCAGGGACUAUCAGUUCAACAUUAUUAGAGCUGCUCUGCUGAAAAACACUUUGGUGAGCCUGCCCACAGGAUUGGGUAAAACCUUCAUAGCCGCAGUGAUAAUGUACAACUUCUACCGCUGGUACCCGCUUGGCAAGAUUGUGUUCACUGCCCCGACGAGGCCACUGGUGGCUCAGCAGAUUGAUGCCUGCUACAACAUCAUAGCUAUACCUCCUAAUGACACCAUUGAAAUGACAGGACACAUGCCUGUUAACACUCGAAAACUGCACUGGCAGACAAAAAGGGUAUUCUUCGCCACACCACAAGUCAUCUACAACGAUAUCAAGUCCGGUAUCUGUCCGGGCGACAAUAUACGUUGCCUCGUAGUGGACGAAGCGCAUAGAGCGCGCGGAAACUACGCGUACUGCCAGAUCGUGGCCACUCUGGCUGAGAUGAAACAUAGGACAUAUAGGAUGCUCGCCUUAUCGGCCACGCCGGGGAGUAAAGUUGACGAUGUUAUUAAUGUAGUAAAGCACCUAAACAUAGCCCAUCUGGAGCUGCGUACAGAGAACUGUUUAGAUGUAGCCCCAUACAGUCACUCAAGGAAAAUCAACACUGUUGUUGUGCAACUGGGGCCACAGCUGACACAGCUGAGGAACCACUAUGUUGAGAUUUUAGAUGGGUACGCGAGAAGACUGAAACAAAUGAACAUUCUGCCACACAACGUCGGUAACUUGUCGAAGGGACGCAUUGUCAUGCUGUAUAAAGAAUACCAAGGGAAGGAGCGGGGGAGUAGGCACCCACAACACAACUACAUAAUGAAAGACUUCACCCUCCUAAUAGCCCUGUACCACGGGCUAGAACUCCUCGUGAAGCACGGCGCUCGAGUUUUCCUCAACUUCUUCGACGACCAUCCCGAGAAGUCCUGGCUACAAGCCGAUGAUAGGCUUACGGCGUUGCUAGAAAGGCUGCGCGACGAUUUAGGAGUGAAUCCUAUGUCACUAGAUACGAGUGUUCUACCGGAUGGUUCGUUUCCUGAUAUACCUAAAGACCUACACUUUGGCCACCCUAAGUUCGACAGACUGAAGGAAAUCAUGCUGGAACACUUUCAAGCCGCGAAACGCAACGGGCAGGAUACGAAAGCGAUAGUAUUCUGCGAAUACCGCGAGAGCGUCAACUUGGUGCACUGCCUGCUGCUGCAGUGCCGGCCGCUGAUCGUCCCGCAGAUGUUCGUCGGACAAGGCGCCUCGGGCAAGGACAACAAGCCGGUGGUGUCUCAAAAACAGCAGCUACGCGUGAUGAGACAGUUCCGCGAAGGCGCGUGCAACGCUUUAGUCGCGACUUGCGUGUGUGAAGAGGGCUUGGAUGUCGGCUCGGUCGAUCUCAUCUUGUGCUUCGAUAUCUCUACAGCGUCGCCAGUGCGCCUCGUGCAGAGAUGCGGUCGCACCGGACGAGAGCGCGGAGGCAAAGUCUUCAUCUUAGUAACAGAAGGCAGAGAACACCAGACUCUAAUGGACUGCAUGCGCCGCCGAGACGGCCUCAACGCCAAAAUCCUUCAGUCCAAGGAAGUGGCCACCAACCUGUACAAGGCCAACCCUCGCAUGAUGCCGCACGACCUGACUCCAGUGUGCCAGAAGAUGUUCAUCACCGUGCAGAAGACUGACACUAAGGAUACGGCGAAAGCGCAGACCGAUAAGAAUAAAAAGAACCAAAAAGACUUGCGUAAUAUGCUUACGGCUGGUUCGAGUACUUCUACGUCCACCAGCACUGUUGAAGGAGGCGGUUUCAUCACGGAGAGCGAAUUCCAGGACAUCUUUCCGGACGGGUAUCAAGAAACUGACCAUUUGCCUCAGCAUAAGGAAUACUGGGCAAUGGACAAAGAAACAUUCAAACAAGCAACACAUGGGGAAGGGAAACUGAAUCUGUCAACGUGGUUAGAAUGGCAAAGGAACCCACAGAACACGGUGAAAGUCGAACAUUCGACCGACACCCAGGUUUUAACGUCCCUGCUGCAGUACAGUGACGCGAAGAGAUUUGAAUUACCGCCUUCGACGCAGAAUCCUACAUUUAGUACGCAGAAUUUGGCAACACAGAACUUCUCUGUACCCACUCCAGAAAAACCUAAACUACCUAAAAAGACUAAAAAAGCCCCCGUGGUCAAGUCUCCUGUGAAAAGGUGUGGAGGGGAUAUCAGGGCCCUUUUUAGCACAGCCACGAAAUCUACUAAAAAUUAUACUAAACUAAUUAACGAUCUGGGCAUCCAAAAUGAUGGAAGCAUUCCGACUAGUCUGAUUAACUUACUAGUGGAUCUGAGGUUAGACAAUGAAAGUGUGCGAAGUUGCCUUAUAUGUCAGAACAUAUGCGAUUGUGCCUUAAUUGAAAACAUAAGGAAACAUAGAAAAAAGUUUCCAAAUGUUGAUUUGAUUGAUGAUUUGGAUGCAGAGUCGCUUGUGGUACGCGAAAAAACUAUAAACAAUAGUCAAGACUUGUUUGAAGAUUACAAGGAUAGCACUUAUAUGGAAGCUAAUAAGAAUAAUUGUAGUAAUUUUGAUCUGGAAUUCGAUUUUGGCUCCCCCGAAGAAGCUGUUACUGCCGACAAAGCAGUCGAAUCAAUUGAAAAUACUGACAAACGUUUUGAUCUGGGUGAUAUCGAGGAGAUAUUUGCUGACAGUAGUCCCGAAGAAGCCAUUAUCAAAGAAGCAGAAACUAAAAAUGACAGUGACCCGAAACAAGCUUUAGGUUUCUUUGGUUUAGACAGUAUAGAAGACAUUUUUGGUGAAUCUGAUGAAAGCAGAUUAGAACCAUCGCAUGCAAAAGAAAAUAAAACGGAAAUCAAUGAAAAUAAUAAUCACGUUAUAGAUCAAGUUGAUAAAUUCAAAGUGCAAGUAACUGAAUCAGAAAUCGUGUGUCCAGUGAGCCCAUCAAUUUUAUCAGGACAAGUGAAAACGUCAAAGAAACCGGAAACUUCACCCACUUCGCCUAUACUUUGCACUCAGGCUCGGAAAUUUAAACUGAGUACAAAAAGAAAUCAGCCAAAAAGUUCCACGCCAUUAGGUAAUGCUAAGAGGCAGUUGAUACCCCCUGCGACGAGUUCAAGUAGUAAAUUAAAUCAACCCAAUAAUACAAAUAUGAUAUCUAAUCAAUCAGGUUUAAAUAUGAACAGUAAAUCAGUGAUCGACACAACAAAUAAAAGUAUGUUUACGAUAACGCAACUUGUCGAAAUGAUCAACAACAAAACAGAUCGUUCAAUAACUCAAACUAAUAUUUCCAAAGCUUUAGAGGAACCUAAAGUAAUGGAAAAUGACGAUAGAAGUACAUCACCUAUUCUUUUAACACAAGCUGUCAGAAAGAGAACUGUACAAAGUUUAAAUAAUUCGAUCAAAAGUAAUAAUUGUGUAAUACUUGACAAAAAGGCUGAAAGUCUAAUUGUACUAGAUAGUGACAGUAGCAGCGAUUCAAAUGAAGCCACUCAAAUGUAUGAUAUUGAAGACUUAAAAAAUGACACUGAUUUCAAUCAGUCUAAGGUUAAAGAACCUUACAUAAGUCCUAUAAGUAACAAAAGAAAGUUAUCUGAAGAAGACGUCACUUUAAAUGCGUCGCCAUAUUUUAAUAAACGACAAAAACUGGAAAAUCAUGAAAAACCGCUAACACUACAAGAGAAAGUGCUUGCUGCUCUCAAUCGAUCUCAAAAACCAGAUAAUCAUGACAAUAGUAUCAACUUCAUGUUUUCACAGAAAGAAAACGAGAAUCCGCAAGAAAAUAUUAUAAGUCCGAAAGAUGAUGAUGAUAAAGAAAAGUAUGUCAACAGAAUGAAUUUAGAAAUGCUUCAAGCGUUCAGGAGAGAUAGCCAAGUGAAGAAUCCUAAGCGGCUGUUUGAAGACAGUCCGAUCAGAAAAGUGGCUUUGCAGAGGAGGCGGCUAUUGAGUGAUAGUGACGAUGACUUUGUCACUGAUGACAAAAGAAGUCAGAGGCCAAAGACUAGCAGGGACAGUCAUAAGUCAACUACAAAUCAUAAAGUAAGAAAAAAAAAAGCGGGAAAUUCGUUCCUAGAAAUAGAGGCGGAAGAAUCUGACGACGCAUCGGGCAGCGAUGACGAACACUCGGACGACAGCGUCGGAAGCAUCGCCGAGUUUCUCUGCGACGAGCCUGUGUCGCACGCAGACAUGCAGGCGCACUACAUGAGAUCUGUCACGGGUACAGUAAACGGUGCUUUUAAAAUUCCUGAGCUUCCUACAAGAUUCAAACGGGAGGAGAUAUUCUCACAAUUUGUUGAAGAAGAGGAUUCUUAUGAAAUGGAUAGCUUCUGUGUAGAUUCCCACAUCGGAUUGACACAAGUUAAUGACGUGUCCGAGUUAGAAUUAGCCGAAAUCAUCUUAGAAGAGAGAAAAACUAAGAAGAAAUCGAAACCACCAAAGCAGCAAAUUGAUACAACAACCAGUGGCGAUAGUCCUUUAGUCAUACGUAAGAAGAAAAGUAAAAGGCAGAUACAGAGCGAUUCUGAUGAUAGUAGUUAGUUCAGCUGGACUGAACAGAUUUGAACUGUGAUAUAAGUGUAGACAUACUCUAAUAAUGUUUAUUGAUUUUGAAUUGUAUACUGGUUCUCCUCCUAACAUUUUGUUUUGUGUUAUUACAAUAAUUUAGAACUUAAAGAAUAGGGUUGAACCUAUUUUGUGUAGCUUUUGAUUAAAGUUCUUAUGUCAAAAUGAUAAUUUGAAGUAGCAUUCUGGAGGACAAACCAUAGACUGUCUAAUUAUAAUUAACCUAAUGUAUGGAUAAUUUAAAUUGUUAUAAUGAUUUCUAAUAAUUCUGCAGAUAAUUUUAUGACUAUUUAUAAAUAAUCAUGUUGAUAAAGACGUGAAAAUAAAACUACUUGUUUUUAUUUUAUUAUUUAUUGAUAAACUUUAUGGGACAAUCAACUUCAGAAUACAGUGUUUUUGUACAAAUAAUGGUUGAAUAUUCAUGUCAGUUCUAUUUCAUAAAAUAAAAUUAUGUUUCCACCGAAUAGCGAAUCAUGAGCACACCAAAAACAGCUGGAAAAAUAUGUGCAUUUUAAAUUAUCUUUGACAACAAUUAAAUAGUGUGAUUAUGACGAUUAGUGUGAAUAGUGACCUACUGAAUCGGACUACCAUGAUAUAAUUUUAUUACUGUGUAUUUAUUUUGAGUUAUGAAAUGGCAGUGUGGAUUAUUUAAAUCUGUUUCGUUAAUUUUCUGUAUAUUCAGUAUUCAUGUAUUGGUACAACAUUUGAAGCCUACCAUUCAUUAUUUAUUGGUUUACACUACUCUUGUCGACGUUUUCAACUCUCGCAAGAAGACUUCCUUGACCCUUUGUCCUGUUCUGUUCAAUCAGAGUGGAUUCUUUUAAUCUGUUUAAAAGAGUUCAUCUGUAUGUUCAAUACCAAUUCAUACAAAUAUUGCUAAAAACAUUUGAAGACUUAAAUAGUCUUCAAAUGUCAAACUAGUAUUUUCUGGUUUACACUACUCUUGCCCUCUCUCAUAUCUACAUCUUUCAAAUCUCGCAUGUCGAAUUGUCGACGUCCUUGAGCGGGCGGCUUUUAUGCAGGUCUUCUAUCAGUGUAGAUUUUCUUGUCUGUUUCAUUAAAUGAGUUAAGUUCAGUAUAUUCAAGUAAAAGUUUUAUUCAUACAAUGUGCUCGCGAGGAACCCAAAUAACUAACAGCGUAUUAUUGGUCACAUUUUAAGACUAAAAUGUCACAAACUUUUCUAGGUUUCGUCAAGUUUCAGAGUUAUUGCCAAUUAAAAAAAAAACAUUUCCGUAUUGUUACUCAGUACAAAAAGUCUUCUUAACGGCGUUGAUGCGCAAUUGUGGAGCAUAGUCUCGCAGUCGUCAUUGAUAGAUUUGACAUCUAUUAGGCACUGGUCCCACCGCGAGCUACUAAGCUAUGAGCUAUCGGCUAUAAAAACGAACAAAAGAUAAGCACUCCCGUGCAAAUAAAAGAGA